AUGGCGGCGGGCGGCGCGGAGGGUGGCUCGGGCCCCGGCGCCGCCAUGGGCGACUGCGCGGAGAUCAAGUCGCAGUUCCGCACCCGCGAGGGCUUCUACAAGCUGCUGCCCGGCGACGGCGCUGCCGCUCGCAGGGCCGGCCCGGCCGCCGCCCAGGCCCCGGCGCCGCCGCAGCCGCCGCAGCAGCAGCCCCCGCCUGGGCCGGCCUCCGCCGCCGCCGCCGGCCCCGGCCCCGCCUCGUCCCCGCCGCCCCCCGGCCCCGGCCCCGGGCCCGGCCCCGCGCUGCCCGCCGUGCGCCUCAGCCUCGUGCGCCUCGGGGACCCCGAUGGCGCGGGCCCCGGGGAGCCGCCCGCCACGCCCGCCGGCCUGGGCGCGGGGGGCGACCGCGUCUGCUUCAACCUGGGCCGCGAGCUCUACUUCUACCCCGGCUGCUGCCGCCGCGGGAGCCAGCGGUCCAUCGACCUCAACAGGCCCAUUGACAAGCGCAUCUACAAGGGCACCCAGCCCACCUGCCACGACUUCAACCAGUUCACGGCGGCCACCGAGACCAUCUCCCUGCUGGUGGGCUUCUCGGCUGGCCAGGUGCAGUACCUGGAUCUCAUCAAGAAGGGCACCAGCAAACUGUUCAAUGAGGAGCGGCUCAUCGACAAGACCAAGGUGACCUACCUGAAGUGGCUGCCCGAGUCCGAGAGCCUGUUCCUGGCGUCGCACGCCAGUGGCCACCUAUACCUGUACGAUGUGGGGCAGCCGUGCGCGUCGGCGCCGCCCCAGUACAGCCUCCUCAAGCAGGGCGAGGGUUUCGCCGUCUACGCGGCCAAGAGCAAGGCGCCCCGAAACCCGCUGGCCAAGUGGGCAGUGGGCGAGGGGCCCCUCAACGAGUUCGCCUUCUCGCCUGACGGCCGCCACUUGGCCUGCGUGAGCCAGGACGGCUGCCUGCGCGUCUUCCACUUUGACUCCAUGCUGCUGCGGGGCCUCAUGAAGAGCUACUUCGGGGGGCUGCUGUGCGUGUGCUGGAGCCCCGACGGCCGCUACGUGGUGACGGGCGGUGAGGAUGACCUGGUCACCGUGUGGUCGUUCGCCGAGGGCCGAGUAGUGGCCCGUGGCCAUGGCCACAAGUCUUGGGUCAACGCUGUGGCCUUCGACCCCUACACUACACGGGCCGAGGAAGCCUCUGCGGGUGGGACCGGGCGGCCCGGCGGGGAGGAAGAGGAGGAGGAGGAGGAGGCACAGAAGCAGCAGCAGCAGCAGCCAUCCUCGGGCCCCGGCUCGGCCCCGCUGUCGCCGCUCCCCAAGUCGGGCGCCGUCACUUACCGCUUCGGCUCGGCCGGCCAGGACACGCAGUUCUGCCUGUGGGACCUCACGGAGGAUGUUCUCUACCCGCACCCGACGCUGGCUCGCACCCGCACCCUCCCGGGCACCCCGCCACCACCUGCCACCAGCAACAGUGGUGGCACCGCACGGGGCUCUGAGCCGGGCCCCGGGCCCCUGCCCCGCUCGCUGUCCCGCUCCAACAGCCUCCCGCACCCGGCGGGCAGCAGCGGCAAGGCGGGCACCCCGGGCACCGCCACCGAGCCGGGCACACCCUUCAGCAUCGGCCGCUUCGCCACCCUCACGCUGCAGGAGCGCCGGGACCGCGACCGGGACCGGGACCGCAGCGACAAGGAGCACAAACGCUACCACAGCCUGGGCAACAUCAGCCGGGGCGGCGGGGGCAGUGGAGGCAGCAGCAGCGACAAGCCCAGUGGGCCGGCCCCGCGCAACCGCCUGGACCCCGCCAAGGUGCUGGGCACCGCGCUGUGCCCCCGCAUCCACGAGGUGCCGCUGCUCGAGCCGCUGGUGUGCAAGAAGAUCGCGCAGGAGCGCCUGACGGUGCUGCUGUUCCUGGAAGACUGUAUCAUCACCGCCUGCCAGGAGGGCCUCAUCUGCACCUGGGCGCGCCCCGGCAAGGCGUUCCGAGACGAGGAGCCGGAAGCCCAGACAGGGGAAGGAAGCUGGUCCCGGCCAGCCAGCGAGUCAGUGGGAGAGGGCAUCUCCUCCCAGCCUGGCAACUCCCCAAGCGGAACAGUAGUGUGAAGCUGAUGUUGGGGUCCCGGUGGCCCCCGCCUCCUAGCCAUAACCCUCCCUGCUGACCUCACGGAUCACUGUUAUUAACAAGACUAACUAUGAAGGAAGGACCCCUCCUCCCGCCCCCUCGCACAAAUCUAGGGGUGCAGAGGGUCACCAAGAUUGGCCCAGACCUGGGGGAGCGGCCCUCACCACUGCCAAGUACUCCGACCCCCUCGUCCUCGCAUCAGUGUCCCUGAACCCGCAUGCCCCUUGCCCGCCCUGCUGUGUGCCUCUAGCCUGGCAGGGCAGGGCCGCCCCAUCCCACCCUGUGCGUGUCUGUGCAUUUGAAGAGUGUUAAAUUAUGGCCGCCCUUGGCCCACCCCAGGACUUGUAUUUAUACUAAAGCUCCCCAUUUUCA